AUGGGGAACACGAUCGCGCAGUUGGCGCAAGACCACAAAUGGACCGAAGUCGUCGAGCGCAUCGAGGCCCACGCCGUCGAGGACAUCAACGUGACGGCUGGCGGUCUGGACUGGACGACGCUGUCACUCGCCGCCUGGCAUGGCCAACUCGACGUUGUGCGCUUGCUUUUACGCUAUAAGCACAUUCGCGUGGACCAGCCCAACCUCGAUGGCAUGACACCACUGCAUGAGGCCGCCAAGCACGGCCACCUUGAGAUCGCCCGCGCUCUCAUCGACGCCGGUGCCAACCCCCACGCGACCAACAACGAGGGCAACAAGCCGCUGGCGUUCGCAAGCGGCAGCGAACUGAGCGAAUUCUUGACGAUGUGCAUGCUGCCCGUUGGCGUUUGCGCAGAGCGCCACGAAUGGCACGAGGUCAAGCGCCGCGUGACGCGUCGGCUGCUCUCGGAUGUCAACGCUAGCUUUGGCGAGGUAGGUGUGCGUCCACAUCACCUCGCCUAA